AUGAACGGUGAGAUUGCAAUCAUCAUCUCAAGAGGGGUCCAUGAAAUGAUUGCAGCCACUCCAUGCAUGCCAUGUGCAGCCCAGCAUAAUUCGAGAGAAUAUUAUCAAUUGGGGAAGAAGAUUAUGAAAGCGAGAUCUCAUCUUCCAAAUGUGAAGUUUUAUGAAAAACAGAACCUUCACCCAGCUACACCAUCAUGUGUUUGUUAG